UUUUGGCUCAAGAGCUUUCCGCUGUUUGAGAAACCUUUUACAUCAUGCGCUUCACGCAGACGAAGCAGGCGCUGCUGCUACUACUCCCGCUGGUCUUCGCCUUGCGGGAGCGGCUGGAUUACAAGCAGGUUGCGAGCACUACCGAGCAGCUGCUGCAGUGGGAUGCCACGCAGCAGCCCUACCAGCGGGGUGGCAAGCUGGGGGUGCAGCUGGAGAUUGGCUACUCCAGCUGGAUGACUACAAAGAUGAUAGGCCCUUUUCUGGGCACCUUUCAGAAGACCAUGGUCGACAACCUGUCAAACGCAGGCAUCCGUGCUGUAGUGGACGUCGGCGGCGACUUCAUGCCUGUGUCAAAGGGUUACAUACUGCCCAUCUUUGUGGAGGUCCAAGGUGUCAGCGAUAUCGACACCUUCAAUGAAAAGAACUUGGAGAAUACCAAGGUGAAUUUGAUGGACACCAUGCAGAAAGGCUCCCCGGGCCCCGGGGGCGUGGGCUUCGCCACGGACGCGGAGUCCAUGGAGGCUCGCAUGAAGAAGGAGUACCCUGAGGCUGUAAAGAGCGUGCAAGUCCGCGAUGCGGGCAGGUUGCAGAUCGAGCUGAAGCUGGAGUUUUGGUUGCAACCGCUGCAAGCAAAGGCUGGUAUCUCGUCGACUUCGGAGCUGGCAGAGAUGAUUUGGGGGAACGUCACGAGUACCAACUGGGAGAAAGCGCAUGCCAAGGGGAUCGACUUGUUUGUUGCUGGGCCGGCGCAGAGCAAGGAAUCUAGGACUUUCACGCUGCGUGAGGCAAAGCCGUUCGCUGAGGGAGGCCCUGCCAAGUGCAUCACCCCGCCAGACUUUGCGCAGAUUGCCAGCGGUGAUAACGGCAAGGCCACCCUGUGGGAGGAAGGCUCCGAUGACAAGAAGGUGCUCGGUGUUCGCAUGGUCAUCACCCUCUUCAGCAUCAAUGAGCUGAUUGAGUCGAAUUUCGUGGCCGCUCGAAACACCGUGCUCCUGGGUUUGAUGGAGGAGCUGCCGGACAAGAUCCAGGCCAGCAAGGAGCUUUGCAGUUUUACGCCUUGUGGCUGGUCCCCCAUGGACCCUCGGGCCGCCCCUCUGCCUCAUGACAGCGUGACCUGCGGGCCGCUGCCGUCGUGAGGCGUUCGUGGAGAGUGACCUUAGCACCUGUGCACUUUUGCCUAGAUCCCAACUGGAGCACAGGUUCUGUGGCCGGCUGACCCCUGCAACAGCUGCACUGGGCAGACGAAUGGCUGUGGGUCAAAACCAAUGGUAC